AUGUGCAGUGCUGGAGCAAUUUCAGCUUUACUUUUCCCUUUGAUUCACUCUCUGUAUAGCACGGCGAGCCCUAGCAUGCUGAAAAGGAAACAGAGCUCGCGGGUCGAGGCCCAGGCCAUGACCGACUUUGGCCCGGACGAGACCCUUGCUGACAGCGCUGACAUCUUCUGGAUCAACAAACCAUGGGUACACUCCCUGUUGAGGGCCUGUGCCAUCAUCAGUGUCAUCUCAGUGUGUAUGAACACCCCCAAAACGUUCCAGCAUUACCCUCCGCUGCAGUACGUGACCUUCACCUUGGACACCCUGCUCAUGUUCCUCUACACCGCCGAGAUGAUUGCCAAGAUGCACAUCAGAGGAAUCAUCAAGGGGGAUAACUCCUAUGUGAAGGAUCGCUGGUGCAUGUUUGAUGGCUUCAUGGUGUUUUUCAUCUGGGUUUCCCUGGUGCUGCAGGUGUUUGAGAUAGCAGAGUUGGUGGAUCAGAUGUCUCCAUGGGGGAUGUUGAGAAUCCCCAGAGCCCUUAUCAUGAUCCGGGCCUUCAGGAUCUACUUCCGCUUUGAGCUUCCCCGAUCCCGCAUCACCAACAUCCUCAAGCGAUCAGGAGAGCAGAUUUGGAGUGUGUCCAUCUUCCUCCUCUUCUUCCUGCUCCUCUAUGGGAUUCUGGGAGUUCAAAUGUUUGGGACAUUCAACCACCAUUGUGUUACCAAUGACACAGAGAAAGGGAACGUGACGCUGAAUAGUUUGGCCAUUCCAGACACACACUGCUCACCGGACGGUGAGGGCUACCAGUGUCCUUUGGGCUUCAAAUGUGUUAAUCUGGAAAACCUUGGCCUCAGCCGGCAGGAGCUCGGCUACAGCGGCUUCAACGAGCUCGGUACGAGUAUCUUCACUGUGUACGAGGCUGCGUCUCAGGAGGGCUGGGUCUUCCUCAUGUACAGAGCCAUCGACAGUUUCCCUCGCUGGCGCUCCUAUUUCUACUUCAUAACUCUCAUCUUUUUCCUGGCCUGGCUGGUUAAGAAUGUCUUCAUUGCUGUCAUUAUUGAGACAUUUGCUGAGAUCAGAGUGCAGUUCCAACAGAUGUGGGGGUCAAGGAGCAGCACCACUUCUACAGCUACAACGCAGAUGUUCCACGAAGACGCCGCAGGGGGAUGGCAGCUUGUCGCUGUGGACGUCAACAAGCCACAUGGCCGAGCGCCCGCAUGCCUCCAGCAACUGAUGCGCUCCUCCGUCUUCCACAUGUUCAUCCUGAGCAUGGUUGCCGUGGACGUCAUUGUUGCUGCUAGCAACUAUUACAAAGGCAAGAACCACCACCGGCACUACGACGAGUUUUACCUGGCGGAGGUUGCCUUCACUGUGUUGUUUGACCUGGAGGCUCUGCUGAAGAUCUGGUGUCUGGGCUUCACUGGCUACAUCAGCUCAUCUUUGCACAAGUUUGAGUCCCUGCUGGUGGUGGGAACAACCCUGCACAUCUACCCAGUACUUUACCACUCCCAGUUCACCUACUUCCAGGUGCUCCGUGUGGUGCGUCUGAUAAAGAUCUCCCCGGCUCUGGAGGACUUUGUCUAUAAGAUCUUUGGUCCUGGCAAGAAGCUGGGCAGCCUGGUGGUCUUCACCGCCAGUCUACUUAUCGUCAUGUCGGCCAUCAGCCUGCAGAUGUUCUGCUUCGUGGAGGACUUGGACCGCUUCACCACCUUCCCCAGGGCAUUCAUGUCCAUGUUCCAGAUCCUGACCCAGGAGGGGUGGGUGGACGUGAUGGACCAGACGCUGGUAGCUGUGGGUCACAUGUGGGCUCCUGUAGUGGCCAUCUACUUCAUCCUCUACCAUCUUUUUGCAACGCUGAUUCUGCUCAGUCUUUUCGUGGCUGUAAUCCUGGAUAAUCUCGAGUUGGAUGAAGACCUGAAGAAGCUUAAACAGCUGAAGCAAAGUGAAGCAAAUGCAGACACCAAAGAGAAGCUCCCGCUGAGGCUCAGGAUCUUUGAGAAGUUCCCAAACAGACCUCAGAUGGUGAAGAUCUCCAAGCUCCCAUCCGACUUCACCGUGCCCAGAAUCAGGGAGAGCUUCAUGAAGCAGUUCAUUGACCGACAGCAGCAGGACACCAGCUGUUUGUUUCGACGUCUCCCCUCCGCCUCGUCCUCCUCCUGUGACCACUCCAAACGCUCCGCCAUCGAAGACAACAAGUACAUCGACCAGAAGCUUCGCAGAUCAAUAUUCAGCAUCCGAGCUCGAAACCUGCUGGAAAAAGAAAUAACCAUCAAUAAAAUCUUGCGGGCUUGUACCAGGCAGAGGAUGCUGAGCGGGUCCUUCGAGGGCCAGCCAGCCAAGGAGCGCUCCAUACUCAGUGUCCAGCACCACAUACGUCAGGAACGCAGGUCUCUGAGACAUGGAUCCACCAGUCAGAGAAUCAGUCGUGGGAAGUCCCUGGAGACGCUCACCCAGGAUCAUUCCAGCACAGUCCGAUAUCGUAACGCCCAGAGAGAGGACAGCGAGAUCAAGAUGAUCCAAGAGAAGAAGGAACAAGCAGAGAUGAAACGCAAGGUGCAGGAGGAGGAGCUGAGGGAGAACCAUCCAUACUUUGACAAGCCUCUCUUCAUCGUGGGCCGCGAACACCGUUUCAGGAACUUCUGUAGGAUGAUCGUGCGGGCUCGAUUUAACGCAUCCAAAACAGAUCCCAUUACAGGAGCAGUGAAGAGCACCAAAUAUCACCAACUUUAUGACCUCCUGGGUCUGGUGACCUAUCUAGACUGGGUAAUGAUUGUGGUUACCAUCUGCUCCUGCAUCUCUAUGAUGUUUGAAUCGCCCUUCACCAGGGUCAUGCAGGCUCCCACAUUACAGAUUGGGGAGUAUGUGUUUGUGAUCUUCAUGAGCAUCGAGCUGAACCUGAAGAUCAUGGCAGACGGUCUGUUCUUCACUCCCACCGCUGUCAUCAGAGACUUCGGAGGAGUCAUGGACAUCUUCAUCUACCUUGUGAGUCUUAUCUUUUUGUGCUGGCUUCCCCCCGACGUCCCUCCUGAAUCCGGCGCUCAGCUGCUGAUGAUGUUGCGCUGCCUGCGUCCGCUAAGGAUCUUCAAGCUUGUUCCUCAGAUGAGGAAGGUGGUGAGGGAGGUGCUGAAGGGAUUCAAGGAGAUUUUCCUGGUUUCCAUCCUGCUGCUCACAUUAAUGCUGGUGUUUGCAAGCUUUGGGGUUCAGCUGUUUGCUGGAAAGCUUGCCAAAUGCAACGACCCACAUAUAAUCAGACAGGAAGAUUGCCAUGGGAUAUUCAGGAUAAAUGUCAGCGUUUCCAAAAAUCUUAAUCUGAAACUGAAGGCUGGGGAGAAGAAACCCGGUUUCUGGGUGCCGAGAGUCUGGGCCAACCCGCGCAAUUUUAACUUUGACAAUGUGGGAAACGCCAUGCUGGCUCUAUUUGAGGUGCUAUCACUCAAAGGCUGGGUGGAGGUCCGAGACGUCAUUAUUCAUCGCGUUGGACCGAUCCAUGGCAUCUACAUCCAUGUCUUUGUGUUUCUUGGCUGCAUGAUUGGACUCACCCUCUUCGUGGGUGUAGUCAUUGCAAACUUCAAUGAGAACAAGGGCACCGCUCUGCUGACGGUGGACCAGAGGAGAUGGGAGGAUCUGAAGAGUCGACUGAAGAUCGCCCAGCCACUACACCUACCACCUCGCCCAGAAAAUGGCGGUUUCCGGGCCAAAAUGUAUGACAUCACCCAGCACCCCUUCUUCAAACGGGGCAUCGCUGUGCUGGUGCUGGCCCAGUCGGUACUGCUGUCUGUGAAGUGGGAUGUAGACGAGCCGGUCACUGUUCCCCUGGCCACCAUGUCAGUAGUCUUCACCUUUAUCUUUGUCCUGGAGGUCACCAUGAAGCUGAUAGCUAUGUCUCCAGCUGGUUACUGGCAGAGUCGACGGAACCGCUACGACCUGCUGGUCACAUCGCUUGGGGUCAUCUGGAUAAUCCUGCACUUCGCCUUACUGAAUGCAUACACCUACAUGAUGGGCACAUGUGUGAUCGUCUUCAGGUUCUUCACCAUAUGUGGGAAGCAUGUCACAUUAAAAAUGCUGCUUCUGACAGUUGUGGUCAGCAUGUACAAGAGCUUCUUCAUCAUUGUGGGCAUGUUCCUCCUCCUCCUCUGCUACGCCUUCGCCGGUGUUGUGCUCUUUGGAACCGUCAAAUAUGGAGAGAACAUCAACCGACAUGCCAACUUCUCCACGGCGGGUAAAGCCAUCACUGUCCUCUUCCGUAUUGUCACAGGAGAAGACUGGAAUAAAAUAAUGCAUGACUGCAUGGUGCAGCCUCCCUUCUGCACCCCAGACAAACACCGAUACUGGGAGACCGACUGUGGGAACUAUGCUGGUGCCCUCAUCUAUUUCUGUUCCUUCUACGUCAUCAUAGCCUACAUCAUGCUCAACUUACUCGUGGCCAUCAUCGUUGAGAACUUCUCUCUGUUCUACUCUACUGAGGAGGACCAGCUGCUGAGCUACAACGACCUGCGACACUUCCAGAUCAUCUGGAACAUGGUGGACGACAAGCGUGAGGGUGUGAUCCCCACGUCCAGGGUGAAGUUCCUCCUGCGGCUGCUGCGCGGCAGACUGGAGGUGGACCUGGACAAGGACAAGCUGCUCUUCAAACACAUGUGCUACGAGAUGGAGCGACUGCACAACGGAGGAGAUGUCACCUUCCACGACGUGCUCAGUAUGCUGUCAUACCGCUCAGUGGACAUCAGGAAGUCUCUCCAGUUGGAGGAGCUGUUGGCCAGAGAACAGCUUGAAUACACCAUUGAAGAAGAAGUGGCUAAACAGACCAUACGCAUGUGGCUGAAGAAGUGCCUCAAACGCAUACGUGCUAAACAGCAGCAGUCCUGCAGCAUCAUCCACAGCCUGAGAGAGAGCCAGCAGCAGGAGCUGAGUCGAUUCCUCAACCCUCCCAGCAUCGAGACCACUAUGCCCAGUGAAGACCACAACACUAACAACCAGGACAACCCCUCACAGCCAGAGCUGAGCGGCCUCCAGCAGCUCCUCAGCCCCACGCUGUCUGACAGAGGAGGCUACAGUCAGGACUCCUCAGAUCUGGGACGACCGCAGAGGAAACUGGGACAGUGGCGACUUCCUGCAGGUCGCACCAGUGUCAAAUCCAUCGUGUGCAAAAUGAACCCGGUCAGCGACCAGGCCUCCUCGGGGUCAGAGGUCAAGAAAUGGUGGACUCGUCAGCUGACUGUGGAGAGUGACGAAAGUGGUGACGAUCUCAUUGACAUUUAGAGACGAGGUCAUUAUAACUUGUGGAAAGGAAAGCUCAUAGUCAGCCAUCUCAGGCGGUUUCAUAUCGGCCUACCUGCUCCGGAUCAGUGACUUCCAGGAAUUCCCUUUUUUCCUACAGCUUCGACAAAAGGCUGAAAGCACCCUGAACAGUCAUUUUUGAAUCAGCCAUCGAUUUUACGCCUGUGUGAUUCACAUUUAUUUAUUAAUGAAUAUCCCACAGGCGUUAUUUUGUGGUUCCCGUUCAUUCCAGCUGAAGUUUUCCUGCGCAGACACAGCUGACAUUCAUGAGGCUGGCCGUGGGGUGAGUUACUGUCUGCGUUUCUGAAAAAGGAGCCCAUCUUUUUUCAGAGUUUAAAAUUUGCUAAGAAGCUGCUACUGUCUGUGUUUUCUACCGUUUCAUGUUGAGCUGGAGGUCGAGGGUCCACAAUCUGGAAAUGAGGAUCCGCGUCUCCAGCUGUGAUGUACAACAACCGUAAUUAUUGUUAAAAGUAGUUCUGUGGACGCUUCGAUCCAUCACGUGUCCUCAUUUCAGUGCUUCUGUCCAUCUUCUGUUUUCUUUAGACCAUGUUUAUUGUGCCAAUAAAAUGUCUUAUGAGCUUCAGUAUUCAUCACACAGACACACACACGUGUUUUCAUGUCGUUGUCAGUUUAUAUCUAAAAGUAAAUUCAGGUUUCUUGUUCUAAAAUGCUUUAGAACAAGAAAAUAAGAGCAAGAUAAAUAUCCAUGACUGUGAUUGUAUUAGAAAUGAUGAGCUCUGCCUAUCUCGUGUGACUGUCUGUGGUAAAAAAAGAAUCAUAUAUUUUGUAAAUUAGAGAAAUCUUUUCAAUUUAUAUAACAUAUACAUUGAUUCUAAUAAAGGCCCGUGAUGUUUGGGCGUCUA